CUCAGACAAGUUCGUUUCCCAUCAAAGAACUUUCGAUCCACCACCGGCAAAUCACAAUGCGCGAUGACAACGACCCGUUAAACGACUUCCUGAAGCCCUUCAGGAAGUUCAAGGAGCACGUCGACGACAAUAUCGGCGCCGGCUUUCACACUAUUCUCGACACGCUUCUAUACCUUACGCCGUAUCAGCUGUCCAGACGAGAUGCUCCGUCCUCACCAGCCCUGGGCACCGACAUCACUCGGGGCAAGAACUUACCCGAUAUCCGUGCCUAUGAGAAAAAUAAGGACUCUGAAGAGCUGGAGCGUUAUUUUGACGAGCUGCAAAGAAAUGGCACCAACUACUUUGAAGCAGCCCGCGCCUGGAGGCUGUUUCUGCUACGCUCCAAUUACUCCCCGGUUCGCCUUUCUCUCGAGCUCGGCUGGAAACCCGUUCCGAAGGGCCUGACUCCGGAAAUGGAUCCCAAUCAGUUUGGAUGGGAGGACGCCUUUGAGGAUCUUCUUGCCGAAAGCUCGGCCAAGCCUAUGAGGAGUCUCGACUCCCACUGCUUCACCAAACAAUACCCUCUCUAUCCAAAGUACCUUGAACAGAGCAAAACCGUGACCCCGGAUAUGCUCCGAGCACUUGAUAUGGACCAGAGAAUACGCUUCCGCAAACUUGACGAAGCCUGGUUCCCCCUCUACUCUCGCCUGUUCGUCGAUGCCUCCGACCGCCGCUACUGCUCGCCUCGCAGUAUGGACGAGUGGAUUGAAUGGAGAAAGGCGGAGGCGGAAAAGGCCGACUUCCACUAUAACAUCCUUUCUCAGCUCGUGUCAAACCUCGGAAUCGAUGCUUCUCGCUGGGCCGACAAGAACAGAAAUCGGGACGAAGCCGUUCUGGAAAUGCAAGGACGCAUCAUCAAUGAUGUCAGCAACACGCUUGGCGACGUCGUUGACAUGUCCAACGGCUUUUUUGACAACCUGACAUGGUUCAUCAACAAGUUCGACCGUGCGUUAACCGAGGAAACAGAACGGGAAUCGAAGAAGAGAUUGCAAAGUCCCAGCUCAAACGACAAGAAGCAUCCUGACACAGAGCAGGAUUUGACCGAUGUCAUCUUGUCAGCUUUCAACGAGUCCAACCGUUCACUGAGCACGCUGUUCAAGUCCUUUGCGAACGAGCUCAAGGACACCAAGCGCUUCUUCGAUGACUGGAUCGAUUCUAGAGAUGUUGACAGUCUUACAAAGUCUUCCGAUACCGCUGUCACUACUAGAGACAACAGCACCGUCACCACCACCACCACCGAGAAGGACGGGGUGACCGAAGUUGUCAAGAAGGAAGAGUACACCGACGCAUCCGGUGCGGUACAUGUCAAGCAGGAAAUCAUCAGGAAGGAUGCUGAGGGCAACGUUAUCAGCAGAUCGAGCAGCCACUCGGUCCAAAGUAAGCGCUCUUGGUCUUUUGGCAACUUCGGUGCUGAUGAAGACGCCAAGUCCUCCCUCGCCGAGAAGGGCCGUGACCAGGACGGAAACACUAAGGAUGAUGACGGCAAGGAUGGGAAAAAGGAUGGGUGGUUCUGGAAGUAAACCUUUCAGUG